AUGCGGCGCUCGUGCGGUUCUGCUCUGCUCCUUGCCAUUUUCCAGCUCGCGACUGCCCUUCAACGAGCCACAGAUCCGAACGACGUUCUGAACGACUUGUUCAAGAAAGAUGUCUCGAUUCCCGGCCUCUUUCUCCAAAAUUGUUUGGGCACUGAGGAGGAGGAGGAUAUGCAAGAAUUUUGUCAGAGAGCGCAAAACGUAUGCAGCGAUCGCUUGGAGCUGUCAAAAGCGACGCUAUGCCGGGAGAUCAACGAUCUGUUAGCUCAUCUACGCGGCAACGACAAUCCGGCCGCCUACGCGGCAAUAUGCGGAGCCCAGGACUACCCAUCCAUCUACUGUUCGCAUUUGAUCGAAGAAUCUGUCUACAAUGAAACCAGGGGCCGUCCGUUCUACAUGAAAAUGGUUGGCGAGUACGCGACCCGGGAAAUAUUGCAGCCGGCAUUUCGGGAACUUCUCUACGAUCUUUACGACGAUUUCAACUACGGCGACAUCUCGGCGGUGUUCCUCUGGCCAAAGCUGUGUAUGACGAUAGUUGGCACGUGGAAUCGGGGCAAUGCGUUUCUACAUGAUUUUUGUAUGGAGAUCUCGUUCGGCUUCUUCUUCCAUAUGUGCAAGCCACAUCCGACCGCUAGUGAGCGCGCGUACUGCUUGAAGGAGAUGCUGCCAUCGUAUAUAUCGCUGUUCCUGGACGGCGGUCUGGGCAUGUUUUAUACGGUUGGCCGCGCUGCGCUGAACUUUGUGGAAGAGUACGUCGACGGGUUGCCGGCCGAGAUCUUUCAGCCCCUUUUUGACAGCUGUCGGAUCGACCAAUUGUUGGAAUUCGAUAACCGAACGUACCCACUCUGCCGGGCCUUGCACCAUAGCCGGAACCCGCAUCGGCAAUCGUGUAAAGAUGGGGACAGCUGCACCGGGGUCGCCUUUCCGGAGUGCUAUUCGCGAGAUGCGACCGAUCUGACCAAAUGUACUGCCGAGUGGCGAAAAUAUUGCGGGAAGGGCAGUGGCGCAAACGAAGUGCGGUGCAAUGUACUACGUGCUGCCUACUUCAGCAACCAGACUCACUACCCGUCGAGCGCAACGAACUGCUCGGAUCCGACCGGCAAAAUGCACUGUUCGUGGUCCCUUGGCUCCUGCCGCCUGUAUGUCGAAUACAUCUGGGAGAUGGAGAGAAAGCUGGGAGACCGGGCGGGAAUCGAUGGAAUGGAGCAUAAGGCUCAACAGAUCUGCCAGCUGCACCCCGGCUACGAGGACUAUGCCAUCUACUACAUCGGGUGGAAGCCAGAAGAAUCAGCUGAUGCUCCUCAAGCCACCGACGCGCCGCCGGGCGGCCUUGACGAUCUGGAUGAAAAUAACAACACGACCUCCCCGGAAGCGAAGCAAAUCGAUCGAAUUGCAGCCAAAUUGCCACAGGACUGCCACGAGGCACAAGUAUCUGGCAAACGACGUGACGACGGCUUCGAUACCGUUAAAUGCGACUUCAUCAUCCGAACUUUUGUGGAUGUGCUUGGGCCGCAAGUCUAUGAGCGGCUUUGCAUCGACGCGAAUAUCACCGACACGAUGCCGAUAUAUUGUCGUAUUCUCUACCAGUAUAUCCAUCACGACACCACCGAUCGUUACGUGCCCGAGAUUGAGGACCUAAGACAGGCUGAGGCGGCCAAGCAGAAAGUCCCCGAGCCCCGUGAGAUUGACGAAUGCGUCGGAAACGCCAAGCUGGCUUGCCGAGCCCAUUUUGUGGCCGAAUGCAGUGUGAGUGGGGAGAGAUGCCGGGCGCUCUGCGAGAAGCACUUCCGGCGCUGCAUCAACGCGACGCUGGCCAUCUGCGAUAUUCUGCCCCGCGCGAAUUCGACACGCUUGCUGGCCAAUUUCUACAGCCACGAGUGCAUGGGCCACUCGCAUAUUGUCGCUUCGGACCGAAAGUACUGCAGCAAAAUCAUCGACGUGUGCUCGCGGCGCGACUCGAAGGCUUGUCGUUCUGUGGGCCGAGCUGGCGCCGUCAAGAGGAGCACCGGACAACGUUUCACCAUCUACAUCAUCGGCUUCGGGCCCCUGGCUUUCCUUCUUCUUGGACUUUUUUGGUGCUUCCCGUACGCGGAGAGCUGGUACCUCCGCCGGCAAUACCGCAAAUACGAGGCCGAGCUGCGGCUGUUGAAUUCGAAAUCCCGGGCGGUCGCCUCCGAAUCCACGACGAUGUCGAUGGCCACGGUGAUGAGCGCGUCGACGAGCAUUUCGGUGGUCAAGUCGAGGCCAAGGUCG